AUGACAAUAGACCUGUCGAAUUUGGCGAAUUUGAUAGAAACAAGAAUUAUAAUGAGCCAAAUUGGAGCGAUACCUUUGUUUACAACAUCCGCGUUAUCAAAACCAAUUUUUGAUAGACGAGAACAAUUUAGUUCCGACCACCAAAAUAUUUUUCAACCCUUUCUUCCAUUAUAUAAAACUCAUAAACCUGUGACAAGAUAUUAUGAUCUUGUUAUAUCUCGAACAGAGUUAGCCCCGGAUGGACUUUUGACAGAAGUUUUUACCGUAAAUAAGCAAUAUCCCGCUCCUAUAAUUCAUGCAAACAAAGGCGAUAGAAUUGUUGCCAAGGUGACGAAUCAUCUUGGUAAAAGUGAACCAACAGCAAUGCAUUGGCAUGGCAUGUUCCAGAGGGGAACAAAUUGGUUCGACGGGGUUGUAGGAAUGACGCAAUGUCCCAUUCCUGAUGACGUGUCAUUUGUAUACGAUUUUUCGACUGGUAAACAAGCCGGCACCUUUUGGUAUCAUGCACAUACACGAGCACAAUUUGCGGAAGGAAUUCGAGGUCCAUUAAUCAUUCACGACCCCGAUGAUCCUUACCGUGAAAAAUACGAUCUAGAAUACGUCGUGACACUUUCGGAUUGGUACCAUGAUGCAAUUGCAGAAUUGUUGGAGAUUAGGAGUAGACCAAAUUAUGUUGGUCGUUAUAAUUGUUCUGCUGCUCCAGAGGGAAGCAAGUGCCGAAAAGACAAUCCAUUGGCGGUGUACAAAUUUGAAUCCGGUAAAAAAUAUAGGCUUCGUAUUAUCAAUACAAGCGCAUUGGUUCACUACAUUUUCUCGAUCGAUUCCCAUCCGCUCACGAUUAUCGAGGCAGAUGGAUCAUACACAAAGCCAUACACGGUCAACAGAUUGCCUAUUGGUAUUGGCCAACGAUAUUCUGUUAUCGUUAAAGCCGAUCAAAAAGUUGAUAAUUAUUGGAUUAGAGCAACGAUUGAUAGUAGAUGUAUAUUAUCGAAUAAUGAAACGAUCAAUUUCGAUUCGGCUAUAAAUUAUAACGUUACAGGAAUUUUAAGAUAUUUCGGAGCAGAAAAAAUCGAUCCAACGACCUCCGCGUUUACUGAUGAACUUCCGACUUGUCUUGGUGUUCCCCAAAAUGUUUUGAAAUUAUUACGGCCUGAAAAAGUUCCUGAACCUGUUACGGAUAAUAUUUUGUUUAACAUCACGAUUCGCCCAGACGAACAUAAUGUUACGCUUGCCUUUGUAAAUAAUUCUUCAUUCGUUGGGGAUAAAUAUAAUCCGACACUAAAGCAAUUGGCGAUGCAUGAGAUAAAAUCGAUAAAUGAACUCCCUCGUAAACGAAAUGCUUAUGCCUUGGAAAACCCUGAUGGAGUCGUUGACAUUACAAUCUUAAAUGCAAAUGGCGGGAUUCAUCCGUUCCAUUUACACGGACACAAUUUUUAUGUGCUUGGUACUGGACCGGGGUUGGUAGUCGACAAAUCUCAGCUAAAUUUAGUGGAUCCAUUUCCCCGUGACGUAUUCGUAGUGAAUGGAACCAGCUGGGCCGUAUUUCGUUUCAAAACUAAUAAUGCCGGUGUCUGGUCUUUCCAUUGUCACAUCGAGUUUCAUGUUGAAAUGGGAAUGAUCGCUCAAAUAGUAGAGUUACCAAAGGAAAUAUCAAAACUAAAGUUACCGCAAGCCACUCUUGAUCUGUGUAAAAAAUACUCAUCAUUCAAGUCGUCCUUCCCACAAAAAUGA